AACUCAUUGUCUCACACAAUUCUAAUUAACUUUGUCAACACAACAAAUUAACUUUCCCUAAUUGUCAUCAUAGUUUGAACUUAUGGAGUGUGUCACUAAGAAACAUGCUUUUGUUUUUAUGUUUUGUCUUGUGUUUCUUACUCCACUUGUGUACUCUCAACUUUAUUACAAUUUCUAUAAUAGAACUUGUCCAAACUUGAACAAAAUUGUUAAAGAUAAUAUCUUGUCAGCUAUAGCUAAUGACUCAAGGAUUGCUGCUUCUCUCAUUCGCCUUCAUUUCCAUGAUUGUUUUGUUCUUGGAUGUGAUGCAUCUGUGCUAUUGGAUGACACAGACACACUAAAAGGGGAGAAAAAUGCAUUGCCUAAUGCAAAUUCAUUAAGAGGAUUUGAUGUAAUUGACAAAAUCAAAUCUGACUUAGAGAGUGCUUGUCCAUCCACAGUGUCAUGUGCUGAUAUACUUACUCUAGCAGCUAGAGAUGCUGUAUAUCUAAGUAAAGGGCCAUUUUGGUAUGUACCUCUUGGUCGUAGAGAUGGCACAACAGCAAGUGAAAGUGAAGCAAAUAACUUGCCAUCACCCUUUGAACCUUUAGAAAAUCUUACUGCUAAGUUCGUUUCCAAAGGUCUUGAAAAGAAGGAUGUAGCGGUUCUCUCAGGUGCACACACAUUUGGUUUUGCUCAUUGCUUUACAUUCAAGAACAGGCUCUUUGAUUUUGGUGGCUCUGGCAAAUCUGAUCCAUCACUUGAUUCAUCCCUUCUACAAAAUUUACAGAAAACAUGUCCAAAUCAAGCCGAUUCCGACACCAAUUUGGCUCCAUUGGAUCCUGUCACUACAAACACAUUUGAUAACACAUAUUACAAAAAUGUUUUGAGCAACACUGGACUGCUUCAAUCAGACCAAGCUCUUUUGGGUGACAAUAUAACUGCUUCAUUGGUUACCAAUUAUAGCAAAUGGCCUAUUCUGUUUUUCAGAGAUUUUGCAGUUUCUGUUGAGAAAAUGGGCCGCAUCGGUGUUCUUACAGGACAACAGGGUCAAAUAAGGAAAAAUUGUAGGGUUGUUAACUAAUAUAUUAUAUGAUAUGUAUUUAUAUUUUUCUCUUGCUUUGAUUUUAAAAAGUUUAGUACUAUAGUUGUAUGAAACUGUGUCUGUCUCAAAUAAUGAUAUAAAUGUGUUAUUGUAUAUUAGGGGGUCUGUUUGUAUUUUGAGAAAUUUAUGUGUAAAAUCAUAUCUUGUCCAUCAA